ACUUAGAAGUUACAGGAUAACGUUCGAGUAUCUCCGUCUUUAUAGCAGAAACAUUGAGUGCAUAUUGUAAUUCGAAAUGUUCAUCUCGACGGCUGUGCUUCGUAAUUUAUUGCAGAAACUGUCAGUACGCGUAUUGCUGUAACUGCGUUUAAUGUCGAGAAUAAAUUGAUGCUGUAAGUGGUACGUCAUAUCGACAUGGGAAGAAGACAUUUCUCCUUUCAAUAUUUAUUGUAAAUUUUUUCAAUAAAAUAGCAUAUUCGAGUGAAAUCGCUCCCUAUAAUAAUCCUUUUUCGUUUAUAAAUGUUUUAGUAAUAGACGUAAACUCGACAUCGAAAAAAGCUGAACGCGCAGUGCUGUAGCUAUAGAAAACAACGUAUGAUCCCAUAACAACGGUUGACGUCAAACCAGGAAAACCGAAUAUUCUUUUGGCGAACUGCGCAUGCGCCGCUCCAUGGAGUGGGGAGCUCCUUUUCCGGGAAGAAGAGCAAGCGGCGAGCAGGAACCGGAGUCGUUCUGUUUGGUGUUGUAAAAUGACAGCCAUUACGAUUUCGCCGGCUACACAUGGAAUUAUUCAAGUUAUAAACGAAAGCAAUCUAUGUAAAAUCGAGAGCUACCUCAAUGACACGGCGUACAGAGAAUCCAUCGAGAAUGCCUCGAAUUAUAAUAGUCGACUGUGCAAGGAACGACGGCUACGAAUGCCUUUCCUCGACUCGCAGACAGGUGUGGCGAUGAACCAUUCAGCACUGUUUAUGUCAGCGAGGGAAAGGCUUCCAGGUUUAUUGCACGGUCAAAUCUACACGUAUCCUAGUAAAAGAUGGCGAAAGAAACGGCGUCAAUAUUUGAUGCAUUACUUGCAUCCAAAACGAGGACCAAGAGGUGACCCGGAAGACUGCGUCGAGGGCGUAGAAACUGUGACGCAUGUAAACGAUGAAAUCAAAGAAUCAGUUGUUCUUAAAGUUUUUCCAGAGGAACAUCAUAGCAAAGAUGCUUGGUACUACGACGAGCAGGACAUGUUGGAUAUGGACACAUACGACGAACCUGAUCCUGAAAGCGACUACGAUUACGAAGAGAGCUACAGUAGUAAGAGGAAACGAAGGAAACCACGUGGUGCUGGUCAUCAUCCUACGCGAAGUCACCCCCCUACCACAGACAGCCCUGGGAGUAAGCGUACAAAGGGUGGGGGACGUGGGCGGAAAAAAAACAACUAUGACGCUGCUGACACUGAUAAGCCAUUCGUUUGUGACCUAUGCAGCGCACGGUAUAAAACCAGACCUGGUCUGGUCUACCAUUACGGUCAUUCCCACUCUACUUCCUCCGGUGAUCCUGCUAAGGAACUAAGUCCCAGUCCUGCCGAAGUUGAACCUAGGAGCGUUGCAGACACCGCUGCUUCGAACCAGCCAGGUGGUACACGUCGGGGUCGUCAGAACGCAACCUCAUCGAGUACUUCGAGUCCCUCUCCCGCAGCACCUUCCGCGUCCGCUGCGGGAGCGUCCACGCAGCCUCAGCCGCAGUCGCAGCAGCCCCAGCCGGCCCAGCCUCAGCAGCAACCGUCGCCCCAGCAGGCGCCCACGCAACCGUUGCCUCCUGCCCAGGCGACGGUGGCGCCUCUCUCGCCCACCGUUCCACCAGCGAAGGAAGAUCUGCCGACCGCCUCGUCGCCCGGCACCGCCGUUCCUUCGCCGUCCUCGGUGAGGACGGAGGGGCCGCCCACCCCUGGAAACAAUGAAAAAAAAGCUGGCAAAUCAGCCCAACCUUCCCCGUACUGCGACUUCUGUCUGGGCGACGCUAGGGAAAAUAAAAAAACCGGCGGAUCCGAGGAAUUGGUCUCUUGCAGUGAUUGCGGUCGCUCAGGGCAUCCGACUUGUUUGCAAUUCACAGCGAACAUGAUCGUUUCUGUUCGCAAGUACAGGUGGCAGUGUAUCGAAUGCAAAUGCUGUUCCAUUUGUGGCACCUCUGACAACGAUGAUCAGCUGCUGUUCUGUGACGACUGUGAUCGUGGAUACCACAUGUAUUGUCUGUCUCCACCUCUUGCGUCUCCUCCCGAGGGCUCCUGGUCUUGCCGUCUGUGCAUAGCAGAAUUUCAUCACCGUGAUUAAAGUCACUUGUCUCGUAGAUAAGUCACGGAUUUUAAAUCUGUGGUGCAGCGGCCGUUCUCGAAUUAGGAGAGUAUUCACGAGCUCACUUUCCUUAUAGUAUUACGUAGACGCGGAUGUACUUCCAAUUUAUCGAAGAUAUUUCGUUGGUUAAGGAAGUUCGUUACGAAGCUGGCAGCAUUAACGAUUCAAUUUUUAUUUUAUUUUAUUUUAUUUUAUUUUAUUUUAUUUUAUUUUUUCGUAAUAUUUUGUUUCCUUCUUUCUUUCUUUCCUUUCUUAUUUAAGUUUCAACGAUAACGACGAAACUUCACGAAGUUGUUCGUAGUGUAUGCUGCUGCGUUAGAUAUCUCAGGCACUGGUGAUCUCAGAAAACUAAAAGUAUGAUAACUGCGUAUUUAUAAUUUUAACGAACUAGCGUUUACCGGUAGUAUAUAAAAGUAUAUCGUUAAUGGACUGUCUGAAUAUUUCUAUUAAAGAGAAAAAAAGAAAAAAAAAAAGAAAACGAAACAAUUAGGUGAACCCAAUCUCUAUAAGCUCACCGUUGAAGUUAAUGGAACUAAUGGAAUAACUUUAGUAUCAAGGACUCUGACAAUGGAUUGUCGUUGAACGAUUGCAUUUCUUCAUUGAAACGAGACAAAUGUAUUUUUUAUUCGUUUUAGAAAGACAGGUAGUAUCGACGGAGAUAUUACUAUUAUAGAAAUGUUAGAUGUUAGUUUGAUAAUUGCUAACGAAAUGGUACUCUCCUAGUUCUAGGCCAAUUUACUUUUAGCCAUUGACAUUCGAAGUUUGGUCGCUUUUAGAAUUUUGAUGAUUAUAUUUAAAAAAAAAAAAAAAAAGAAAGAAAGAAAUUCGGAGAUUUUGAAUUUUCAUAAACUCUUAGCUCCUCGCUAUCGGCUUGGUUC